GAUAAGAAAUGGAAUGGGGCUCCUCAAGUUAUCAUCACCAGUCUUGAAGCACGCUUUGGCUCUAGUCCCGCUCAGAUGUCAAACUGGUUUAUCAAUGGCGCUUGGAUUUAUGUUUCUCCCCGUCGUGGUCCACCUGACAGAGAGUUCGUUUGGUUAGGGUUCUAUUCGGCAAGUGAACUGCUUAAAUCUCCAUUUACUUUGAUAAUAGCGAAAGAUCUUGAUUUAAGCUCUCUUCAAGAUGCGAUCGGAAAUGGUUUUGUUAUCUUUGCGGAUGAACGUCUAAAAGUGUCGUUGUCAGAAGUGGCCACAUUGAUGGAGUACGCUCGAAGGAACCCUUUGCGACUCAUUGGUGUCCAUGGAGUUGAAUUCGACUGGCAAAAAGGACGUAUCGAUGUGGGAAGGGUCUACAAUGCCUUAUUUUUCUCUCUUGUAAUAUUUCACAGCCAGUAUUUAAGUGAAAACAUCUCGCCCAUACCUCUUGUUCUGUGGAAUGAGUGCUUCCCUGCCGUGCUUAACGUCGUCAUUACUGAACGGUCAAUGUUGCCACCUAUGGUGAUCGGUGAACGAGGACCAGAAUUUUGGAUGAAGCUUGAUGCUGAUACAGCAUGCUUGCGGAAGGUGCCAGGUAGUGAGUUGGUACUACUUAUAUCAAAUACUGCUCUACGUUUUGUGAUGAUUGUUUCAAGCGGCAUGGGAAAGCUCGACCAAACAUCACAUCGGUUUCACUGGAACAACUUAAACCCCAGUGAUUGCGUUCUCACUACCGGCGCUGGCAUCGGCGUUAGCCUGCGAGCGAUAUACGGCUGGCCGAUGGCACAUUGA